UCAUUUCGACCAUCACAGCAUUUUGUAGUGUUUAGUGAUUAAAAGUUUUAUUUUUAUUAGUUUGUUUUAUUUUUAUAUAAAAAUUGUAUAAAUGCUGAACAUAUUAUUAAGUGUGUAAAUGCAAAUAUUAUUAAAGUAAUCUGCUAAUUGCAAGAAGGCGAAAUGAAGAAUUGUGAUGGCAGCGAGGAAUGUUGCAAUCAACUGGAAGCAGAGGCAAUACACUCCAACGAACAAUUGUUAUCCUUUGAGUUGAGAAGUAAGGACAUACAAUGGCAAAAAUAUGUAGCACCAUUAACACCUCGCAUUGCUCCUGUAUAUCUACAAAGACAAUUUCAACUGCUGAGCAAUUAUAGAGAACCAAUUGGAAAUCACAAUAGGCGAGAAGUUCUAGUCUGCCACGACAUGAUGGGUAAUUAUCUUGAAGAUCGGCAUUUUCAUUCAUCAAAGAAGUAUGAUGACUAUCGUUUUUAUCAUUGGGCCGGUAUAGACUAUUUUUGUUACUUUAGUCAUAAUUAUAUAACAAUACCGCCAUGCGGUUGGUUAAAUGCAGCGCACAAACACGGUGUACGUGUUUUGGGCACUUUCAUCACCGAAAGUGGACACGCUUCUUUAUUAAACGAGGUUUUGCAGUCAACAGAUAUGGUGGACAAGAUUGUCGAUGCCAUGGUGAAGCUAUGCAAACAUUAUUGCUUUGAAGGUUGGCUAAUUAACGUCGAAUGCAGAGUUAAACCUGAGAAUAUGGAAAACCUUCACUACCUCGUAGAACGCUUACGCAAUAGCGUGGAAAAGGAAGUGGACCACGGUGUGGUAUUCUGGUACGACAGCAUUAUUGAUACUGGCGAAUUAAGAUGGCAAAAUGAAAUUAAUGCCAAAAAUGUGCGUUUUUUUCAUACCGCGCAUGGUAUGCUAAUCAAUUACACGUGGAAUGACAAAAGUCUUGAGAUGACAACGGAAAUUUGCGAACGCUCACAAUCUCAAUGUCAACGUGCUUUUUUUGGCAUCGAUGUAUUUGGACGUGGUCAGGUUGCCAAAUUUCAGAGUAAACAAACUUUAGCACGCAUUGUGAGUCACCGUUUUUCUACGGGCAUUUUUGCGCCAGCCUGGACAUAUGAAACACUGCAAAUGUUUGGUUACAAUAUAAAACAACCCCUGGGUGAUGACAGCGUGAACGAUGCUUUUUUGCGACGCAACGAAAAAUUCUGGUGCUCUUUAUGGGAACAUAUAGCCACACAUCCCUACAGCAUAUUACCCUUUUAUUCGGACUUUUGUUUGGGUUCAGGAAAGCGCACAUAUCUAAACGGUCGCUCAAAAAGCAGCGGGAGCGGCAGUGGUGGAGGUGAUGGUGAACAGUUUUUUAAUUUAUCACAAUGCUCGCUGCAACCUUCAGUGCCGCUAUAUCAGCUGGCAGAACGUUUCUACGCCGAUGGUUUUAAUGGCGGAUCAUGCUUGCGCAUAUUACAGUACAAUAAUAGCUUUCGUGUUUUCGUUUCCGAUUUUCGAUUGCAAAGUGGGGGCUUAGUUUUCGCAUACGCUUACAAACUACAUCCAAAUGAUGGGGAAUUUGAUUGCAUAUUGCGUUUCUGCACUAGGAAUAAUGCACGUGAUUGCUAUCUAUUCAUGGGCGACUACUAUAAUACAACAAAUUUGCAAAAAGGACGCUGCUAUGUAUCACCAAUAAAGUCAAAAUACAAUGAUUUAUUGGCGAGAAAUACGCUAGAUACACCAAAAAUACCCAAAGAAUUUUCACUUCCAGAAAAUGCGCCAAAUGGUUGGCGUGUACGUUAUUAUGUAGUGGCGUUCGAUGGUGCAAUUCAAGUAAAGGAUAUUGGUGUGUUAUAUCGGCGAAGUACAGAAGCGACAGACACUGCCUACCUAGGAGCGGUUUACCUAAAUGAGUGUGAUGUGAAUACACUUGAAUUUCCACAAGAUAGCAAUAUUGCAUUGAUCCAAAUUUAUGGCGAUGAUUUGCUUAAUUAGCUUUUGAGAAGGUAAGGCUCAAUGGUAGUGUCAAAAGCUAGUUGACAACGCCCAUGACUUUUGCUUAGUUAGUAUUGUAUUUUUACUAUGUGCAUACAUUUACACGAUUUUGUAAACAAAUUUUAUACUGUUUUUACAAUUAAAGCAUAAAUCAAUCUAAUUUUAUUUAA